AUGUGCUUCAUUUUCGAAUUGCUUCAUAAAUUCAAUUAAUGUUAUUCCGAAUAAUUUUAUAAAUUCAAUGUUUCCUGUUUUCAAAAAUAUUUAAAUUUAAUUAUUAAAAAGUAAAAAAAAAAUCACUUCAGAAAAAUACAAAAAUGAAAAUUUCUUCUUGAUAAAAGGUAAUAUGAUCUACUAAUUAUCUCAGUCAAAACACACAGAGAAUAUUUAAUACUUUCUGCCUCCAAUAAGUCAAAGUAAGAAGAAAAAGCUAUAUAAUGGAUAUGCAACAAACUUCAGCUGAGGUGAAAUCAUCGCCAAGGUACACCAAAUUCCGAGUCAUCAAAAACCUGGUGAUAAUCUCAUCGACAUUUCUAAUGCUCUUCACUGCUUAUGACGGCUUGAGUAUGCUACAGAGCACAAUGAACAAAGAACACAACAUAGGCACCAUUUCACAAGCUGUUGUGUAUGCUGGAUUUUGUAUAUCAUCUAUGCUCCUGCCUAAGUAUGUAAUUAAAAAGUUAGGUUGCAGGAUUACAAUUCUAAUCGGCUCGAUAUCAUUCAUUCCAUACAUUGCAGCAAAUUUUUAUCCAAACUUUUUCACAAUGAUGCCGUCCGCUUUCCUGUUGGGUGUAGGAUCGUCCUUGAUUUGGGGAGCCCAGUGUACAUACUUUAAUGAGUCUGCUCUCAUAUACUGUACGCUUACUGCAAGAGAAGAGAUAAAAAAAAGCAAUACAGAAUCAGCUCAGACAAGUACAGAAGCUAUUUCUUCUAUUGCAGAAUCCAAUGUUCCAAGUGUGGAAGAUCUUUCUGUUAGAAAUUCGAAUUCUAAAAUAAUUAAUGAUAUAUCGGCAAACAAUUCCAAUUACCAAAGUGCGGAACAGCUUUCUUACAAAAAUCUAAAUUCUAAUUACAAUCACUUUUAUGAGAAUUCACAGGAAUUGAUCAGCACACCAGAGGUAAAAGCAAAAUUCAAAGGUGAUACAUUUCCCGAAAAAACAGAUAUUACACAAAAGCGAGGUAGUUAUUCAAUCAAUAAAAUGAAUGCAGAAUCUAACGAUAUUGGAAAAAAUUUAGAAGAAAGGUCAGGAAAUGAGCCUCAAAAUGAAUUGAAUUCACUGCCGACUACAACAGGAAAGAGAGUAUCAAUUAUUGCCCCUAACUUCAACUCUAAUCAAAGGGAAGGGAAUGCUACUUCUUCAAGACAAAACAGAGAAUCAUACUACAGAGUUCCCAGGAAAAGCACUGGUUACAUCGACGCACUUCAAAGAUUUGCAGGUCUCGAAUCGAUCACUGCCCGCUUUUUCGGAUGCCAUGGACUAGUUUUCCAUUCAGCGCAAGUGUGGAGUAAUCUUGUAUCAUAUUACAUAUUACAAGUCGGUAACCAUGUAAAUGCGACUGUAAAUUCGACUUGCUUUUGUGGGUCUCAAUUCUGCAACUCGCAACCGGACUGCGUUGGCGUGAGCGCUAGUGGGAUUGAUGAGGACCUGCGCUACCUUCUGUCUGGGUUGUCAGUCAUUCUUGCUGUAAUCGGUGUUAUGCUGGUUAUUAUAUUCCUCGAUCCUCUGAAUACGGAGAAAGAACCCGUCAAGUUUAAUUUUAACGUUCUCAUGGCUACUUUCCGCAAUUGCAAGAAGGUAGAACAGCUUUUCCUGAUACCGAUAUCACUCUACGUAGGAAUGAUUCAAGGAUUUUAUACGGCUGAUUUCACGAAGUCAUUUAUAGGUUGCGCAUGGGGUUCUUCUUACGUUGGCAUAGUUACAGUUUUCUAUGGCCUAGCUUGUGCGCUUGCCGCCACACUCUCUGGGUAUUUAGUCAAAUACAUUGGAAGAAUUCCAAUAUUUCUUACGGCUCAGCUGGUGAAUUUAGGAAUCAGCAUCUUCAUGAUGCUGUGGAUUCCGGAUUCAGAUCACCCAGCUAUGUUUUUCGUUACUGCAGGCCUUUGCGGUUUCGUUACUGGUGUAUUCUGGGCACAAAUACCAGCUUUUUACGGUGUUCUAUUUAAGAAAGACGAGGAGGCGGCUUUCGGAUGCUACUACGUCUGCAGUUCUAUGGGCUGGCUCAUACCUUUCACUAUUAGCGACUACAUAUGCACGUCAGUGAAAAUCUAUAUCUUGCUAACAGUGUCCACUCUUGGGAUACUAGGAUAUAUGGUUACGGAAAGAAUUUAUUCCAAGACAAAAAAUCAAAUAAGUUUAAGAUUUGGCUAAAAAUGACUGCAUAUAUUAAACAACUGACAGAAUUAUAUUAUGUUGAAUGCUGUUAUGAAAUUCUUUUGCAAAUGUGAGGCAUUUUCCUAAACUGAACAUAUUCCUUCCAGUUUAAAGAAAUUGGCUUAUUUAAUAUUUUUAAUGGGUCAGUUUGAAUAACUUUAUGCUCUUCAUCACUGGAAAAGAAGCUAUAAUUUAUUUAUUAACAUGUUUUAUAAGUUUAUAUUACAAUUAAAUAUAAUAGACUAAUAAAAUACAAUUUUAUUUUUAACAAUUGCUACAAUUUGAUGCUGUAAUCAAACAUAUGUCAUAUAUCCUUUUCAAUCGAACAUAUAUCAUUUUAUAUAUUAAUUUGCUUUUCCCAUUUUAUAUACAUAUUUAAAUAUCCAUAAAUUAAAUUUUGCAUGUUUAUUUU